AUGAAAUUGUUUUAUAAGGUGUACAAAAGUCAACAUUCAUUCUUACUCUCCAAAGUUGAGAUAGCCAGAACAAGAAAUAAAAAUAAUUCUGAUUCUAAUUCUGUUCAAACAAAAAUGUUUGAUUUGCGUCCAAAAAUAGUGACAAAGGAAAUGGUUAAGACAUUAGUAUUUGAUUAUAUUAUUAACGAAAUGUGUCCAUUAAGAACAUGUGAGAAACCAAGUUUUAAACGUUUAAUAAUUGGACUUACUGGAUCAAACGACUCUAUAAUACCCAACAGAAGACAGCUAUCAAAACUUUUAGAUAACAAAUAUGAAUCAUACGUAUCUAUGUUGAUGGAAUUGAUAGCAAAAAGUAGUUUUGUUUGUACAACGGCUGACAUAUGGAGUACAAACAACCGAAGUUACAUGGGUUUUACAUCAAUUUAUAUGUUGAAUAAUUAUCCAAUAAUUAAGAAAAUAUUUAUUAAGUACAACACAACUCUUCCUUCGUCUGCACCAGUAGAGAGACUGUUUAGUGGUGCAGUACAAGUUUUAACUUCAAGGCGUAAUCGCCUUGGUGAUAAAACAUUUGAAAAAUUAUUGUGUUGUAGAAAUAUGCAAUAG